AUGAAUAGCUUAAAUAAAGACUCCUUGAAUUUUAAGGGUUAGGAAACGAACCAUUUUAAAUAAUUCUUCAAUAAAUCUAUUCCUAAUGCUAGAUACUCUUUAAGCAUACAUUCUAAUCCUUAGUCAACACUAAGCAUUUCAUAAGUAGAACAGGAAAAUAAAAAAAGGAGAAUAGAUUUAGAUAAUUUUUCAAAGCAUAUCACAGCGUCACCAAGUAGAUUACACCUAAGCAGAAACGAAAACAGCUACAUAUCUUCAACAAACAAUAAUACAAUUAUUAACACAAAAAAUAAUUCAAUUGUUUCAAAUAAUAAUCCAACAUAUUUAAAUGAUUCCAGGUUGGCAAAUUAACAAGAUUCUAUGAUUAGUCUUAAGAAUAAUUAAGGAUAACAAGACUAGUCUCUUAUUGGGUCUAUCAAUAAUAAUUUAAGGACUUAAAAUCAGUCUAAUAUCAAUAGCCGAACACUUCAGCUCUAAAGAUCAUUUUUCUUUAAUGGACCAGAACGCUUUGAGAACGAUAAAAAUCAUAACUAUUUUGGUCGCUCUUCAAUAAAUCCUAUGGUCAAUACCCAUAAAUAUGAGACUAGCUAAGCUGAAGAUAUAAAAUACUAUAAAAUAUUUCAAGAAACAGAAAAGAAAUUUGAUGAUAGCAAACUCUACUUAAAAACGGAUUCAAAUUAUUUAAAAAAUCCUUAGGAGAGGAUGAAUGAAUUACAAGAAGUGAAGAAGAAUUAGCAGUUAUUAUAAGAGUGGAAGGUAGAACAUCAACAAAAGUCUAAGUAAUAUAAAUUGGCAAAAGCAGCCUUCAAAAGUGGUAUUUCUCAUAUUGAUGGUCCAUUAGAUAACGACACUAGAAUUUACUCAAAUGAGCAUAAAAACUUUGUUAAAAAAGAACAUGAUGAAUUAAAUAGAAGAAAUGUGAGACUUUCUUACAUUGAAAAAUUUGUUACGACUAACCCAGCUAUAUAUUUUGAUAAUUCAAAGCAGAGUACUUUAUUUGAAAACAAAAGAUAAAACUUCCCUCACUAGGUUGAUGAUUUUUAAAAUAACUUUAUGAGAAAACAGAAAAGUGAGCUAGCAUUAAAUAGGAACAAAUAAACUUUUGAUAGACUUUUUGGCCAUAAUCUACAAGAUUAAAAAGAUAUAAUAAGUAGUCAAAGAAGUAAAUUUUUAAUGUCUAAGGAUUUAUAUGGCAAGCAACAUAACAUAGUUAACAACACAUUAAAUCCCUCAUUAAAAUAUCUUUGA